AGCAGAUUCCGCUUUGUUGUGAGCGUCGAUGCUGUGACUUUCAGCGAAGUCAGCUGCUAUUUUGCAACGUAUUGCGAGGAUUUUUUUAUUUUAUUUUUUUUAUCGCACUCACUGGACAUUAAAUGUUGUCAACUUGCAAGCUCAGUUUGUCGUCUUUUCGCCGGGUGGAAGUCUCAGGCGACAGAAGUCUGGACCUCCUGUAUAUAAACAAAACGCAGCAAGCUGCUUCUUAAGGUGGCACGUCAGACAGCUGUAAAGGGGCUGCCGUCGUCGGCUUCCAGUUUGGCAAGUUAGCUAACUUCGUGUUAGUAGCUUUGCCAGUGAUGGAAAUAAACGUACAGCUCUGUUAGGAGUUCAACUCCAACAGGGAACCGUGCGAACAUGAGAGAAGAGGACAAUUUGCUGGUAGGAAGCCAGUCCAUGGCAAGCGAAAGAGGGGGUGAACGUUCCUGCAGCAGCCCCCGCUUGACUGAGGAGAAAAGACUAUCCAACGAGAAGGGUGACCUGAGGCCCCCUGGUUAUUGGUCCAGGUCUUAGUUGGAGAAAUUCGGACUUUCGAUAUGGAGACGGUGGGGAAAUUUGAGUUCAGUCGGAAGGACCUGAUAGGACAUGGCGCAUUUGCUGUCGUUUUCAAAGGCAGACACCAAGAGAAACUCGACUGGGAGGUGGCAGUAAAAUGCAUAAACAAGAAGAACUUGGCCAAAUCUCAGACGCUGCUGGGGAAGGAGAUCAAAAUAUUGAAGGAACUGAAACAUGAGAACAUUGUUGCAUUACUGGACUUUCAGGAAACUGCCAGCUCAGUGUACCUGGUAAUGGAGUAUUGCAAUGGCGGAGAUCUUGCUGACUACUUACACUCCAAAGGCACACUGAGUGAGGACACUAUUCGGGUUUUCCUGCAACAAAUUGCAGGGGCCAUGAAAGUCCUGCAGACCAAAGGAAUAAUCCAUCGGGACCUCAAACCCCAGAACAUUCUGCUCUCCUACCCACCGGGCCGAAAGUCUCACUCCAACAACACCUGCAUCAAGAUCGCGGACUUUGGCUUUGCCAGAUACCUUCAGAACAACAUGAUGGCAGCUACACUUUGUGGCUCUCCCAUGUAUAUGGCUCCUGAAGUUAUUAUGUCCCAGAACUAUGAUGCCAAGGCUGACUUGUGGAGUAUAGGAACCAUCGUAUUUCAGUGUCUGACUGGUAAAGCUCCUUUUCAGGCCAGCAGUCCCCAGGACCUCCGGCUGUUCUAUGAGAAAAACAAGAAUCUGAGUCCCAACAUACCCAGAGAGACUUCUAGCCAUCUGAGGAACCUGCUGCUCGGUCUGCUGCAACGCAACCACAAGGAUCGUAUGGACUUUGAUGAGUUUUUUACCCAUCCUUUCUUGGAUGCCAGCUCAUCCAUUAAAAAGUCCAUCCCUACAGUGACCAUGACCUGUUUGCCCAGUUCGGCAUCAGCCAGCUCUUGUAGCAGCUCCUCCACGUCUCACCUUGCCUCACCACCGCAGUCUUUAGCUGAGACUCAGCAUCUGCGUGCCAAAGUUCUGGCCUCUCCAACGCAAGAGGCUGCAGGUUUUCUCCUGAAGGACUCGUCUGGAGCAGGCGGCAGCAGCAAGAACUCCUCCUCUUGCGAUACAGAUGAUUUUGUCAUGGUGCCUGCUCAUUUUACAACAGGUGAACUGACUUGUGAGAGUAAAGUGCUGCAGGACAGUUUGAUGAACAGCGGCUCUCUUCUGGCUUCAGCUGGUCUGUGUAACCAAACGAAAACACCACCGCACUCUCCUUCUUACAGUGGCUCUCCAAGUCCUGUCAGGCCCACCGAGUUCCCUGGCAGUAAUUACUGUGGUAGCUGUGGAAACCAUGUUCACUCAUUGCCUAUCCCAGUUCCCACUCAGGUCCAGAACUACCAUCGCAUGGAGCUGAACCUUCAAUCUACCAAGCAGGAUGGCUCACCACGGUUGUCGACAGCGGUGCAUCGCGGCAGCAGUGGAAGCCUGGUGGGCCAUGCUAGAGCAGGACCUCUGGCCCCAUGGCAGGGAGCGGUCCCCUCCUCCCGUAGGCUUUCACUGGGAGGGACCAGAACAUUCCAGAUUUCUCCUCAAGGCCCGCAGCACGUUGAGUCGAGGCAGACGUCUCAGCAGCAGCCACAGGCACCAGGGCUCGGCACACGGCUCCACAGUGCCCCCUGUCUGUUGGAUUGCGCGACUGGCAGCAGCAGACAGAAAAUCAAGAAGCAGCAUUCAGACCCCGUCGCUGUCCCUCCAACCGGGCUGAUGACCAUCCGGCCGCUCCACUCUUCCCCCAGACUCAGUGAGCUGAUGCAGCGUAACCCUCUACCGACCAUCCUGGGAUCCCCGUCCAGGGCUAUCCCUCCUUUUGAAUUCCCAAAGCCGCCAAGUUCUCCAAACAUUGUGACGUUCCUGACUCAGAAGGGUUUGGUUGUUGGCUCGCCUGGCAGCAGAACUGCCCCAGGAGAGCUCAGAGACCUGGGACAACAAGCGCCGGCGCCGUCCACCCACCCAGCCUACUGUGUCCACAGAGUGAACGAUGAUGGCAGGAGCUUUGGAAGGUCACAGAGUGCCGGCCGUCUGUCUGACAUGCUGCUAAUGGCUGCGUUUGGAGCAGGACAUGCAGGAGAACGAGGCAGCAUGGAGAACCUGACCUCAGAAAAAGCCAUAGACAUAACAGCUCCUCCUGGUGGUGGCUUUGCACCUGGUUCUUGCAGCCCCGCACAGGUGGUUUUCACUGUUGGCUCUCCACCAAGUGGCAGUACCCCACCUCAGACCUCCAGACACAGGAAAUGUUCAGGCUCCUUCAGUUCAGGCAGUCCUGCAGGCUCGUUGACCAGUCGCUACCCCCAAACAGGCACCUUUCCCGAAGGCUUUGAGGCCCCGCCCAGCCCUCGCUACAGUUUCACUGAUCCUAUCACCGCUAACAUGGGAGGCGCUGUGACCUUUGAGGCCCCUGAGCUGCCUGAGGAGACGCUGAUGGAGCAAGAGCACACAGACACGGUGCAGCGCCUGCGUUUCACUUUGGAGUUUGUGCUCUGUCUGAUGGAGGUGGCUAGCACUCGUGGGGCAGUCACAGUCGGGGGACAGGGAGACGGCUCUCACCCCGCUGUCCUUCAGCAGCAGAGCCUAGUGGCAGAUCAGAUAAGCUCACUGAGCCGAGAGUGGAGUCAUGCAGAACAGUUGGUGCUCUACCUUAAAACCGCAGAACUGUUGUCUACUGCCUUACACACGGCCAUGGAGCAAGUUAAACAGGGCAAACUCUACCCCUCCUCUACUGUCAAACAAAUAGUGAGGCGGCUGAAUGAGCUGUACAAGUCCAGCGUGGCAUCUUGCCGCUCUCUCAGCACUCAUCUGGAACAUUUCUUCUCCAGGAAGCAUCGUCUAAUGGACCAAAUCAGCUCUAUCACAGCUGAGCGUCUGCUCUUUAGCCACACAGUGCAGAUGGUUCAGGCUGCUGCGCUGGAUGAGAUGUUCCACCAGGGGGAAGCGUCAAUCCUGCGUUACCACAAAGCUCUCCUGCUAAUGGAGGGCCUGUCUCUGCUCCUCACUGAACACGAUGACAUCCUUAUUGUUAGCAAAUGCAAGGAGUGCAUUGAACGUCGCCUCACAGCUCUGCAGUCGGGUCUCUGUGUUUGACUUGAGACAAACACAGACACAUAACUCUGAAACUAGUUAUGUGUCACAGUGCAAACCCUCCAUUCGCACUCGGAACUAACCAAAUCUCCACCCACAUUUUAUGGUUUCACAUAGAAAAGCUUUCGUUUUCGCAAGAAAACCACAAAGUUUACUCAGACACUGGAGGGUUUCGCGCAUGGAAGAUCUUUCAGUUUUCAGAGUUGGACUGUGACAGAAACAUCUCUACUCUGGAGGGUGGACCAGUAAUGGACAUAAGGAGGACUCUGCUGCUGAAGAUGGAAAUGCCAAGAAAAAGAUUUGCACCUAGUUACUGUUGGUAUAAAAAGAAGGAGCAGUUUUUGCCAAGUAGUCACAUUCCUUCAUGUUGUGCUUAUCUAGCAUAAGAAAACAGCUUUUUAGGAUUCAUUCUAGAUGCAGUGGGAUGAGAAGAUUAAUGCAGUAGAAGCUGCACAGCUGGUGAAAUGUUCUGAUAGAGACUCCCUGUGUCUAAAUAUUCCCAUAAUGGGUUUUUGGCUUAUAUUUCUAAUUUCCUCCCAUAUUUGUUCUGUAUCUUCUCUGAUUCUUUAAUGCUUUUUGACAGAAAGUACACAUUUAUAAAGCAUAGUGAAAUUUAAUCAGCAGAAGUAUGUACAAGCACUAUUACAAAACCACAACCAAAUUACUUUCGAAAGACUUGAAGUAGAUUCAGUGUCUGCCUCUGCUGUUUUGAUUAAAAAAAAAACAUGAAUGAGUAAGAAUUUUCACACUGAGGUUGAGAGGGAAGUAUUUUAAUUCUGUUCAUGAAAAUUGUGACUUGCAAUAAUCGCAGAGAAAACAGGUCAGGUUAAUGCUCAAAACACCCAGUUUUACUAUAGAGUGUAAAGAGUGUAGAGUGUAAAUUAGAAUAACAUUGAAAAGUUCAUUUAUUUCAGCAAUCCAAUUUAAAAAAAUUAAAGUUAUUAAUUUCUGUUAAUUUUGAUGAUCAUUGCUUAGAGCGUCUUACAUUCUUUUAAAGGUUGCUGUAACCGUUUUGCCAAAUUUUGUCCUUCCACCUAACUUUGGUUACAGCAUUCUGAGAAAACAGUUUUUUGUGAUUUCUUCACCGUGUGGAGGAUGCCAAUGACUGUGUGCUGAACAACGUUUGCUUCAGUAUCAGCCUUUAUCUGUUUUGCGUCAUUGACUCUUGUGUGUCUCAUCUUCCUCUUGGCAUUACUCCACACGUUCUCUAUGUAGUUUAGGUCAGGGGAUUUUGCUUGCUAACCAAUAACACAGUCAUUAAAAAUGGACCAUGACAAUUUCUUCCUUCUACGCGGUGAGCAGCUAGCUAUAUCUUUAAAAAUCUGCUUAUUUUCCUCACACUCCAUCUGUAUGAGCAGAAUAAAUAAGUUUAUCUUAACUAAGAUAAGUGCUUGAACAAUAUCACAUUGUAUGAAUGUGUAGAAAAAAAUGAGUUUAUCCAAAUUAAUUUACUGAAAUGACUUUUUAGUAACAUUCAAAUUUCUUGAGCUGCACCUAUGUUCAUCCGACACUCGUAGGCUUUCACACUCAUUGCUGGUAUUUUCUGCAAAUAAUUUCCAGACUUUUUCACGGGGAUUUUUGCAUUUUAUCUCUCAAUCUUGUGGGUGUUCAGCGAGUCUAGUCAAAUAUGAAUGUAGGGCUGUCAGGAAAGAAGAAGCAUUAAAAUCAGGCUGAAUGUUGAAGGGGGGAGGUCAACAUUUAAGCUGAUCUUAAGGGUUGAAUGUUUUUGCACUGUUGACGUACUGUAUAGAUAGAGGAGUAUGCUAAAAGUGUGCAGUUUGUGUAGCCGUGCUCAUUUAGAGACAUCUGCUUAUUCAUUUUAGUGUUGUUUUAGUUGCUUUUGCAUUUACCGUCAUAAAUUGUGUAUGUUUUUAAUGUUAAAGAGUGUUGAGAAGGAAGUUGUAUAAGCUAGUUUUCUAGAAGAGGAAAGAAAAAAAAUUCACACUGAAAAAAAUGUUGCGGUUCUUGUUUUGUGCUUUAUUUUAACGUUAUUGUUUGGUUUGGAUUUUUUAAGGCUUUAUGCCGUUUUCUGCUUGCUUGAUUAAUUUUAAUUGUGGCUGUUUCAGAUGUUCUAAAUUUGAUUGCCUGAUUUAGGUUAGGUUUAAAUCCUACAUUAGUUGUUUUUUUAUGGGCUGUGUGCAUGCAAGUGUGAACUGGUAAGCCUGAUAUUUAACAUGGUAACAUCAGAGGGACACGUUAAGCGCAGAACUUGCUACAUAGAUCUGCUCUUGUGAGAAGCAGAACAUGUUACUCUGAUGUAAUUGACAUCGAAACCCACCACUACCUUAUUUUACUCAAGAUGUCAUUCCCUCUGCUGCUCAAGGCAGAAAUUGAGUCCAUAUUUUAUAUAAUGUUUGCGUGCGAUUUUGGCUCAAGAGGCUGCACUAAGACGCCUUUUUAGCUUUGCAAUCGGCAGGACAAACUGGAGAGAUAAUUUAUCUGAACAGACAUUUUCUGUGUUUACUUGUCGCCUUUCAUGUUGUGUCCUAAAUGAUGUCUUCGUCUCUAAGUAUACAUUCCUAAUAUUAAUGAAUUAAUUCCUCCGCAGACGUUUUGUCACUACACUUGCUGUGCUGACCUUCAAGGAAUCAGAUGACAGAAGCAACUGAUGCAUGUGUCACUUUUUACUGUUCCAUACAAUCUUUAUUCUGAUUAGUGAAAACAAUGCCCUUUGAUCAUAGCCAUCAUGUCAAUUUUAUUUCAAUUUGUUUCUUUUACAUAUUUCUAACAUACCAGGAUGUUUCCAUUUUAUGUUUUUCCCUUGACUAAUUCUGUGUUGCCUUUUAUAUGUCGUGAAUUAAGUUAUUGUAUAUUCAACUCUGGGGAGAUGAUGGGCCACCCGAACAUUCCCAAAGACUAUUAAGCUUUUUUGCUUGAUCUUCCACAUUCUCUCUCUUGCUGUUGCAAAAGCAGUUUUAAUGUUUUCAUAUUCAUAAUAGACGCACUAUCUUCUGUACCCCUGCUGGUAAUGUAAUCUUUACUGUUUGGGGAGCUUCGUCAUGAUUAAAGUGAAAGGACAUUUCUUCAGGA